CCGCAGCCGGGGCUGCCGGUGGCCCGCGCACCCCACGCAGGGCGGACCCCGCGCUUAUUCGGCCCUGGAGGAGAGCCCGCGCCCAGCCCGCUGCCGACCGCCGCUGCGGGAUGCUGCGCUCCACGUCCACGGUCACCCUGCUCUCGGGCGGCGGCGCCAGGACGCCUGGGGCGCCCAGCAGGAGGGCAAAUGUCUGCAGACUACGUCUGACCGUCCCUCCUGAGAGCCCCGUUUCUGAGCAAAGUGAGAAGAAGGUUGAGAGGAGAGAGCAGUGUCCUGACCUAAGCAAUGGAGAAUCUAUCAGGAAACUCCCUCAGGGUGUUGUUUAUGGUGUGGUGCGAAGAUCAGAUGAAAAUCAGCAGAAAGAAAUGGUGGUGUAUGGGUGGUCCACCAGUCAGCUGAAAGAAGAGAUGAACUACAUCAAAGACGUGAGAGCCACUCUGGAAAAAGUAAGGAAGCGAAUGUGUGGAGACUAUGAUGAGAUGAGACAGAGGAUCCAACAGCUCACCCAAGAACUGUCGGUUUCUCAUGCUCAGCAGAACUAUCUAGAGAAUCACAUCCAAACCCAGUCGACAGCCCUGGAUAGUUUAAAUGCCAUGAACUCGGCUUUGGCGUCGGACUCCAUUGGCCUGCAGAAAACUCUUGUAGAUGUUACUUUGGAAAACAGCAACGUUAAGGAUCAAAUCAGAAACUUGCAGCAGACGUACGAAGCGUCCAUGGACAAGCUGCGGGAAAAGCAGAGGCAGUUAGAGGUAGCGCAAGUUGAAAACCAGCUGCUGAAAAUGAAGGUGGAAUCGUCCCAAGAAGCCAAUGCUGAGGUGAUGAGAGAGAUGACGAGGAAGCUGUACGGCCAGUACGAGGAGAGGCUGCAGGAGGAGCAGCGGAAGCACAGUGCCGAGAAGGAGGCUCUCCUGGAAGAAACCAACAGCUUUCUGAAGGCGAUUGAAGAAGCCAAUAAAAGGAUGCAUGCAGCGGAGCUCAGCCUAGAGGAGAAAGACCAGAGGAUUGGGGAGCUGGACAGGCUGAUUGAGCGCAUGGAAAAGGAACGCCAUCAACUGCAACUCCAACUCCUAGAACAUGAAACAGAAAUGUCAGGGGAAAUAGCUGAUCCUGACAAGGAAAGGUAUCAGCAGCUGGAGGAGGCCUCGGCCAGCCUCCGGGAACGGAUCAGGCACCUGGAUGACAUGGUGCACUGCCAGCAGAAGAAAGUCAAACAGAUGGUUGAGGAGAUCAUGUCGCACGAGCUCUUCUCCAAAUUUAGUCUCCGGCUCUUUGGAAGAUGAUAAAAUGGUAGCCCGCUCUGGGUUGGAAGUGAUUCCUUUUGUUGUUCGUGAUUAGAAGAAUACUUGUAUGCUCUGCUGGGAAGAGGUGGUAUUUAACUGUGAUGAACCGAUGAACAAAACAGGAAGGACAUGCUAUGGAAAGGAAUAUUUGACCUUUGAGGGCUCUCGUUUGCGAAAAUGCCCACGUACUGUAACCUCGACUUGUACAGCCUCAGACUGCAGAAUCAAGAGAACUCAACGAUCCACAGAAUAUUUUUAGAAACUUGGGUUCCUAGACAUCAAAGAAGGAACUGCAAUGAAAGAGACUACUAGCUAAUAAUUCAGAAAGUGCCAGGUGGAGGCUGGCCUAAGAUCUUGGAAAAUAAAUCUUUCUUUAUGGAGAAGCUGCCAAGGACAUCUGCUAAGGAGAUGGGAAGAGAGCUUGUAGAACUUCGAUGCUCUGGAAAGGAAGUACUCCCCAGCAGAUAACACCCCCAAAAAUACAGAAGCAGCAAGUGCCCAUGUAAUUAGAUUAUAUUUGUACAUGGGAGGUGGCCCUGAGGGUGUCCUUUCUGAGUGGAAAUUGGCAACACUAAUCACUUAGGACUCUUUUUGUUUGUUUAAGAAAAGUUUGGUUUUCUUCACGGGCAUUUUGCUUGAAUAGGCGGUUCAACCAACUUCAUAAAAAAAAAGUAUAUCUGAUGAAAAGAGAAAUAUGAGUAUAUUUGGCUGAAAUAUAUUGAAAUGAAGUAUACUUUAUGCAUGCUUUGUUUUAUAGAGGUCUUCCUUGAGAUGGCCACAGGUGCUGGUAUUUCAUCAAAACUUAGUGAUGCUGAGAACUAGCAGUGGUAGCAGCAGUAGCAGCUGGUGGGUGGUAUUAGCCUACAUAAGCUAGUAGACUGGGCUAGUGGAGUAAGUUCACUAAGAGGCUCAUUGUCCCUUGCACGUGGCUAGUUCUCCACUCCUACCAAUUCUCCAUGGCAAAGCGGGUAUGUAGAUGCUUUCUUGUUGAUAUAUGCCUUUGAUCUUUCUUUAGAUGCUUCUUUCCAGCUUAAGCAAGCAGAGAGGAUGGGAAAGGAAGCAGAUGAAUAAUUUUUCAUAUUAGUAAUUAACAGCUCAUGUAUUAACAUGUGCAUGGUGCUCUGUUUAGAUGCAGAUCUCCAGAUACUUUGCUGGGUAUUCAGAGUUCAGCUAGGGAGGUGGAAUCAAAUUUGAGUAUCGCUCAUCUAGAUGAUACCAUAGUAACAUCUACCCUACUAGUGUAGUUUCCUACAUUGUUUCUGGGGAUACCUUUAUCGCUCUGAUAUUUUUCUAAGUUCUAGUAGACAUUUGUUCUAGUAGAAUAGAUUCAUUCCCAGUUUCAGAAGAUGAAAUAAUAUGAAUUGAGGAAAUGCAGUGAUCUUUAGAGAAAGUGGAUCACCCAGGUGAAUCUCCCUCCCACGCUGAGCUGUUCUCCUCUGCCCUUGGAGUGUCUUCUCUCUUUUGGGCUAUGGACAGUACCUGGAGGCCUGGUAGGCCUUACAAGGGUACUUCAAAAAGUUUGUGGAAAAGUGGAAUUAAAGGAUAUUAAACAUA